AUGUCGGAGCUGCACACGGCCCUGGAGUGUCUGAGACCCAAGGACUUUGGCGACAUACCAACUGACAAUCUCCAAACAUUCCUUCCAGAAAUCCUGUCGAAUGCCGAACUCAUCGCAAACUCGGUUCCUCCUCCCCCGAAUGGCACGCCGUACGAGUCGGCGCAGCGAACGCGGACAGACCCGACGCCCGCAUCCAACGCUGCAGACCUUACCAAGUCCGAGGUACGACGGCCACCUCCAGCAAAGGAGCACGAAGAACUGCAGAAGUCGUGGGGGAAACCAGUCAAGCUGGGCAAUAAGGAGGCAGCGACCGGCAUGAGUGUCUUCAAGAUGGCAGGACAUGACCGUCAUGGCGCGUGGUUCGCGCGGACGAGCGUACAUGAGGGGCUCGGGUUUGCGAAGUGGAAGCGCGCAAUGCAAACAGAGUUUCCAGAAAGUCUCGAGAUUCAAGGCGGGCCUGGCGAGGGCAACGUGAGAGGAAUUGGAGGAGAUCAACGCUUGGAAGACAUCACUGUGGACGGCAUAGGAAAGCUGGAGGUAUACCAGCUGUCCGCACAGUUCCCAGGACCAACCUCCCCGCGGGAAUUCAUCACGUUGCUGAUCACCUCGAGUACCUGCCUCACCGAAGCCUCCAAAGUCGACAAUGCGAUACCGCGACACUUCAUGGUUGUUUCAAUACCAGUGACACAUCCAGAGGCUCCAAUUCGGAGUGGGAUGGUUCGCGGGUUCUACGAGUCUAUCGAGAUGAUUAGAGAGAUACCAUUAGCCAGCACCAAAGAGGCGGGUGAGAGCGACGCCGAAUUGAAUCCAGUGGAGUGGAUAAUGGUCACGCGAAGUGAUCCUGGAGGCGGCAUACCGCGAUUCAUGGUCGAAAGAAAUGUACCGAGUAGUAUUGUGCAGGACGCAGUCAAGUUUCUUGAUUGGGCUUGCGCGAAGAGCGAAACUACAGAAGACGCAGCAACGAUCGGAGAAGAUGGCACAAUUGAUACCCCACAGCACCACGACUCAGGUCGUGCUCUGUCAAUAACUCAAUCGAACGGUAUCACAGCUGGCAUAGGAACUAGCAUAGCUGAUAGACCCUCACCUGCCCUGCGGCGGCUAUCACAACGGACUGUGCACAAAAGCACUGAUGACCAACAAGGCCUACUAGGUCAGCUAAAGGACUCAGUUGGUGCGUACAUCCCAGACGCUAUCAAUCCGGUCCAGCGCACAUCCUCCAGUAGCUCAUCGAGUGCAUCCUCUUCUGUGGAAUCUUUCGCCUCAGCUGAGCAAUUCAAUAAUGCACCCGAUGGACUCCCAAUCGAUGACUCGAUCCCAACACCCUCAACAGCGUCACUGCAAUCCAUCCCAGCAAUGACUGAUGACAGCCCACAUGCACGUGAGAUGCAGAAAAUUGAGGACAGGAAACAUCAGCUCAAGGAGCAGCUCGAACAAGCGCGCGAGAAGCAAACCCAAGAGUUGCAGAAUGAAAACCAAAAGACGCAGAAAGAAAUGGAGAAGGCCAACGAGAAACACGAAAAGGAGCGAAAAAGGCAGGAAGACAAAUUCCAAAAGGAGAUCCGAAGACUGGAAGAGCGUCGAGAGAAGGAAACCAAAAAGCUCCUCGCCCGCCAACAGAAAGAAGCUGAUAAGAACCAGCUUGGGAAAGCACAACGGGAACGCGAUGAGUAUAAAAAGAGAACAGACAUCUUGGAGGAAGAAAACAAGCUGCUGAAAGAGCAGAUUGGCGAGCUGCAGAGAGAAAACACGGCCUUGGUAGCACGAAUGGGCAAGACGGAGAGUGGGCGGGAGGUUCUCAGGAUGGUGAGGGAAGAAGAUAUGCAGGGGCGGACCAGGGCGAGCUCAAGGGCUAGUGGUACUUCGGUGAAGAGCGGGAAGAAGAGAAAGGAAUCUGUUGAUACGGCGAGGGCGGAGACUGAGUCAUCGACGUCUUGA